GCUGCCUGCCUCUCCGCGGAGAGACAUGCCGGCUGCCCGUGCGUCACAGCUUCCAUGGAUGAUAUCUAUUUUGAGCACACCAUUAGCGUCGGGCAAGUUGUCAAUAUCAAAGCCAAAGUGAACCGAGCCUUUAACUCCAGCAUGGAGGUGGGCAUCCAGGUGAGCUACGAGGACCUGUGCAGCGGGAAGCACUGCAGUAUCUGCAAGGCUUAUGCCACCUUCGUGGCACACGAUCCUUCUGGUGGCAAGGUGAAGCUGAAGCUGCUGACCCCGCAGACGGAGGAGGAGAAGAUCGAGCACAGCAUCGCUGCCGAGCGCCGACGCAUGCGGCUGGUCCACAAGGAUACGCUCAAGGACCUCCUCACCCGCAGCCCCUGUGAAACUGAGCUGGAGACACGGGACGGCAGUGCGGCGGUGCCUGCGGAGAAGACACGAGUGGAGAGUGUGGAGCUGGUGCUGCCCCCACAUGCCAACCAUCAGGGCAACACCUUUGGCGGGCAGAUCAUGGCCUGGAUGGAGAAUGUGGCCACCAUCGCAGCCAGCCGGCUGUGCCAUGCCCACCCCACGCUGCGGGCCAUCGAGAUGUUCCACUUUCGAGGACCAUCACAAGUCGGGGACCGCCUGGUGCUCAAAGCCAUCGUCAACAACGCCUUCAAAAACAGCAUGGAAGUGGGGGCAUACGGCCAGGAGAUGUCCGUCAGCCGCAGGCACAUCAACAGCGCCUUCAUGACCUUUGAGGUGUUGGACCCGGAGGGCCGGCCCCGCACCCUGCCCAUGGUGGCACCUGAGCCGGGGGAUGGAGAGAGGAGGUACAGAGAAGCCAGUGCUAGGAAAAAAAUUCGGCUGGACCGAAAAUACGUCGUUUCCUGCAAACAGACCGAGGUGCCGCUCUCUGUGCCCUGGGACCAAAGCAACAAGGUUUAUCUGAGCUACAACAACGUCUCUGCGCUAAAGAUGCUCGUAGCCAAAGCGAACUGGGCACUCGCCAGAGAAAAGGAAAAGGUGCGGAUGUACACGCUGGAGGAGGACAAGUUCCUCUCAUUCCGCAUCGAGAUGUCGGUUCGCAUCGCUGCCGGCCAAGCUUUCUCCCUGCUCUCCGACCUGCGCCGCCGGCACGAGUGGGACAGCCACUACGCGAGUGCUGAGCUCGUCCAGCAAGUAGACAAUGAUGACAUGAUCUACCACGUGGUGAGCCAGACACUCAGCUGCGAGAACAAGCCACAGGACUUCGUCAUCCUGGCGUCUCGACGGAAACCCUGCAGCAAGGGGGACCCCUACGUGGUGGCCUUUCGGUCAGUGACGUUGCCCACCCACCCUGCCAGCGCCAGCUUCACGCGGGGGGAGACACUCUGCUCUGGCUUCUGCAUUUGGCCAGAGUCAGAGGAGAUGAGCAAGGUGGCUUACUACAACCAGGCUACACCAGGGUACCUCAACUAUGUCACCACCAAUGUGGCGGGACUGUCCUCCAACUUCUGUGCCACCUUUGAAGCCUGUGAAAAGUUCCUUCUGAAGAACAAGGAGGACCUGAUUGUGCAGGAUCUCUAG